AUAACAAUAAUAAUAACAAUAGUAGUAAUAGUAAUAGUAGUAAUAGUAAUAGUAGCAAUAGUCAUGUAUUAGCCAAUGAGACUUAUUUGACUCAACCUACUGUAUCAUGCAAUCCAAAUAGGACGGAAUUACCUUCUUAUGCUCCUGAACAACCCGACCUUUCUCCCCCAGCUUACAGUAGAUAAUAAAGAAUGUCGUACAAACUGUUAUUUCUGGGGCUUUCUAUUUAUGCAAUAUGUUGACGUCAAGAUGUGAUCACAGGACACAAAAGAAAAGGCACAGGCGUAAAUAUAAAUAGACCCCUAUCCCUUGCUUUUCAUUUUCUUUUUUAUCUUUAUCUUUACUAUUUAACAUGCUCCCCACUAUCUCUGCUCGCGUUUCUUCCCGCUCUAAUGUCUUUUCUCGUCGUGCUUUACAUAUGACCUCUAUUGUCCGCUCUGAAGGUGCCACUGCUAGUUCUAAAGGGUUCAGUGAAAGAGAACAGGCUGCUGAAAACAGAUGGGCUCGUGCUCACGAUGCUGAAAAGCUCAAAAUCUUGAGAGAACAUUUGGCUGAACACGAAAAAUCUACUGCUGAUAUCAAGAAGAAGUUGGCUGAAUUAGAAAAGAAAUAGAUAUGUAAAUAAAUAAAUUAUUGUGUUGUAUGAUAAAAAA